AUGGAUUGUGCACUCAAGGUUUUGCUGCUGGCUGCCCUGAUUCUGCUGGUUUCUGCCCAGAAUGGCUAUAGAAACUUGCCUUAUGUACAACAAAAAUAUGUAGACAAAGCACUGGAAAAGGCAAACCAGGACUUUGGAGGGAAUUCUCACAUUGCUUAUCAGUCACUCGAAGGCAUCCCGAAUACUGAGGAAAGCAACUUCUAUGUCAAUGCCCGUCUGAUAGUCACACCAUGCAAGAAGGCUUCUCCAAACGCAUAUGAGCACCGAGAUGAUUGUGUUACACGAAAACCAAAUACGCCCAUAAUUGACUGUCUUGUGUGUAAGACAAAAGAUGGUAAAGAACUGGUUGACUGUGCCAGGUUGAUGGAUGUCAAUAAUGGACAACGCAAAGAAAUUCGAGAUAACUGUGAGAAAUAUUUCCCUUCAGGAGGAGGCAUCAUGGGUCUGAAGCCACCAUUUCUGGAUGAUGUGAAGUAGAUUGGAUGUCUCAGAUGUGUGUGAAGUUGCACAAAUCACAAUAGCACAAACUCUAACACACACACUCAGAGAAAGAGAAAUGUCUAAAAAAAAGAAUUUUUAAUCUGUCAGUGAAAUGGUUAAUACAGUAGCAAAUCAUUUUA